AUGACCUCCUUCCAUUUAACCUGCCAUAUUAUAGCAUAAUGCUCCACAAAUGUGCUACAUGUAUCCUUUUAGGGGCGUAAUUCUGGGACGUCUUCGGGUCAAAUCCAGCAUAGCGGUUUGGGUUGGGUGAAAGGGGAAAGUUCAGAGGUUAUAAUUUUGUUGUCUUUGUGUAAAGGAGUGGAGCUCGAUCUCACAUCACUCUUCCCUCUUCCCCGAGUCCUUUAUAAACUCUCCCCCGGGUUUCUACCCUCCCGAACCUCUCCCCUUCUACCCUUACAACCCCAACCCUCCCCCCGAUCACUUAUCAGCGCACGAGUCAGAUUCAUCUCAGUGACCAAAGAACCCAGUUCUGUACGGACGGUUAGAUCGCAUUGCAGUUAUGGACUCCGGUGUGAUUGAAGGAGGGCUCAAUGUCACCCUCACCAUUAGGCUGCUCAUGCAUGGGAAGGAAGUUGGAAGCAUUAUUGGAAAGAAAGGUGAAUCUGUGAAGAAGAUGAGAGAAGAGAGUGGGGCUCGCAUCAACAUCUCUGAGGGCAAUUGUCCUGAGAGGAUCAUUACUUUGGCAGGUCCAACCACCGCCAUCUUUAAAGCAUUCUCCAUGAUCAUUGAAAAGCUGGAAGAGGACAUAAGCAGCUCCAUGACAAACAGCACAGCUACCAGCAAGCCCCCAGUGACUCUACGCAUUGUGGUGCCUGCCAGCCAGUGUGGCUCCCUCAUUGGCAAAGGUGGCUGCAAGAUCAAGGAAAUUCGAGAGUCAACUGGUGCUCAGGUACAAGUGGCAGGUGACAUGCUCCCCAACUCCACAGAGCGUGCCAUCACCAUCGCUGGCACUCCCCAGUCGAUAAUUGAGUGUGUGAAGCAGAUCUGUGUGGUUAUGCUUGAGUCUCCGCCUAAGGGGGUCACUAUCCCCUACCGGCCCAAGCCUUCAGGAUCCCCCGUCAUCUUUGCAGGUGGACAGGCAUAUGCUGUACAAGGACAGCACGCGAUUCCGCAGCCUGAUUCUUCCUCUGCUGCUAUCUCCCCACAGCUUACCAAGCUUCACCAGCUGGCUAUGCAGCAGAGCCCCUUCCCCAUCGCGCCAAGCAACCAGGGAUUUACUGGGAUAGAUGCUUCUGCUCAAACCAGCUCCCAUGAGAUGACUAUUCCAAAUGAUCUUAUUGGGUGCAUUAUUGGCCGCCAGGGAGCCAAGAUCAAUGAGAUCAGACAAAUGUCAGGCGCCCAGAUCAAGAUUGCGAAUCCAGUGGAUGGAUCGACUGAUCGUCAGGUCACCAUCACAGGCUCACCUGCCAGUAUCAGUCUGGCGGAGUACCUCAUCAACGCCAGUGUAGAGUCCUCUAAACCUCCCUCCUCCUCCUCCUCCUUGAACCCUGAACAGACCAGCCUGUGCCCUCCCUCCACCUCUACUACUACUACUACUACUACUACUACUACCACUACCACCACCACCUCCUCUGCUGCUACUUCCUCCUUCUCUUUUUCCUCCUCCUCUACCUCCUGUGUGGUGCCCCCCUCAGCCUCCAUUCCUCUGUCCUUGUUGGCUUCAGGGCCGCCUCCUCCCUCCUCUUCCUCCUCCUCUUCCUCCUCCACUGAUUCCCUGCUCCACAGCUCUCCCGCCUGUGUGUCAAGUCUCCUCAGUCUCAAGCCCCUCCCUCUCCUGGCCCUCCAUGUUGUCAGCGGGGCCAGUAACCCCACACACCCAAUCCCCACUGAGCCCAAAAUCGCCCCAGAGCUGGGCUCCAAGUCAAAAAGGCGAAGGCUCUCCCCUUACUAAUGAAAGAAACACAAGUCAUCUACUACUAAAGUACUGACAAUGCUCUUUGUUGUCUGUACCUGCACUUGCUUUUGUAUCUGGCUGUGCCAUGCCAUGCUUACUACAGAAAACACACAAAUGUUACAUGGCCAGACACAUGGUCGCUGCCAUAUUUAUAAACUAGAUAUCUGUAGCUUGAUUUGGCCUGUCUCCUAAAGAAAUUACAUGUUGAGUGCAUUAUAUUUUUAAAUGACUUUAAACUUGGCAUGGACAGUGAAUUAUGUCACUGAUAUACUGAAGCAUUUCUCUUUGUGUAAGCUCUGCUCAGGUAGCGGCUCUCUUUAAGAUGUCACCUUGUAUUUAUGGAAAUAGAUUUUCUUGUAGUGAGUUUUAAGUGACUGUUGUUAGUUGUCAUGUUGGAGAUUAUAUGUAUCACAUUUUUUGUGUUUAUGUAAGGAACAGUUUCAAUUCUAAGUAAAUCUGCCCUCAGGUAUCAAAGGCACCAAAUUAUCAUCUUAGAUGUUGUUGAUACGAACAGAAAUAUACAGCCAGUUUAGCUUCAGCUAAUUCUUCAUGGAGUUAAAUAAGAUCAAUACCACUGUCAUAUCUAUACAGUAAAUUUGUAGCUUGAGCUUGCAGCUGGUUACUUUAUAUUGGCCUCAACACCGAAUGGAGGAGGGGGGUGAUUAUGUGCCAGGCUGUUUCUUGGUGUGGCCAUUUUCCUGUAAAAGCACAAGUGUGGUUUUUACACUUUGGUUUCUCUACAGAAGAAAUAAAGAAGACUGUGGGCACAUUCCAAGUCUCUUUUAAGCACUGUCGUUUCCCUCACUCGCAUUUUUUCCCCUCCCAUGUAAGACGCAAGGAAAAUGUAAGAUGCAGGAACUGACAUGAGACGUGCUUUCCUCGAGCCUUCAGGUGAAGCGUCCAAUCACAGACUGAGUUCCAACAAAGGGACGUGGCAAUCCGCAACAGACUUCCGCAAAGGAUACACUUGUGUAUCCUCGGUUAUAGCUCCUCCAGGCAGCCUCCUCACUCCUCAGAGCAUAAAUAAAGUUCUUUCAUCACGGUGGACCGGAACAAACUCCAGGUUGAGUGAGGAUCGAGGAACGAAAAAAAUAAGGCAAUUGAGAUACACCUUUGAAAUACCCUAUGUGCUCGGUUGACCAAGGAACAAUCUUAUAAGAGACAUGAACUGUACCCAGUGUUUUAAUUCUUGAGCAUUAGAGAUGCUGGUAGGUAGAUCUAGUUGUGACUGGCUGUAGCUGGCUGUGGCUGGCUUUACAUUUUAGUGUACAGGCAUGAGAGUGGUGUUGAACUUAUCUAACGUUUGGCAAGAAAGCAUAAAAGUGCAUAGCAGCUCUGUUACUAUAACAUUAAGUAUCUGACAGACAAGCCGACAAACGGGACCUCUAAAGACCUUUUUCUGUGUCAGAGCAUACAUUUCUCAUUAAAUAAAUCCAGAUGGACUUCUUAUAGAGUUUUAUUAUAAUAAUGUAAUGUACAGUAAAUGAGGUUGACAUUUAAUCUUGUCUGUCUGAUUGC